AUAUAAGUUCGAAUUCAAUUAUUUAACUUUUUCUAUUUCCUAAUCAAAUGGAAAUUAUUAAGUGACGUGAGUUUUAGAGAGAUACGCAAUUGCAGUAGACGACGUAGUUCAUACGAGUAAUACUAGAUGGCGCUGUAAGUCUGUACAAAUAUCCGCAUGCCGCUCAAAAUAAAUGGCAGGAAUCCGAGGCGGCCCGGGCAUGGACUCGCAACAGCAGCAGUACUGCCUGAAAUGGAACAGCUUCGGCUCCAACCUGGCCACGUCGUUCGCCAACCUUUGGAACUCUGAGAGUCUCGCCGACGUCACACUGUACUGCGAAGGUCGCACGUUUAAAGCGCACAAGGUAAUUUUGGCAGCGUGCAGCAAACACUUCCAGGAGUUGUUUGACACUGCACCGCCCAGCCAUGCCGGCGCUUGUUACGUCAUCCUGGAGGCCACCUCCGCAGACAACAUGCAGGCACUACUCGAGUUCAUGUAUAAGGGGGAGGUACAUGUCAGCCAAGACGCGCUGUCAAGCUUCCUCAAGAGUGGAGAAAAUUUGCAGGUCAAAGGCCUAUCGAUGGAGAUGUCUCAAGAUGCAUGGGUGAAGCAGCAGACUCAGCAGAGCGGCGAUCGUCACCAGACUCGCAUCAAAACUAGCCCUGUUUCUGGCUCAGGAAAUUGCGAAGCCCAGGAGUCGGCCCCAGCUUCUCACACAGCGACUUUCGCUCCUAUUGGCAUACCUCAGUACAGCCUCCCGAUGCAUGGAAGUGGCACGAUGGGUCGGUACGCACCGCCUGCGCAUCUCCCUAUGCAUCCUACGUCACAUCGUCGACCCGCGCAAUCCGCGCCCAAAGCGUCGCCGUCUCAGAGUCCACAUGCUCGGAAUUACAGGCAAAGCUCGUCGUCGUCUCAUUGUGGCAGUGUCGCUGAUGAACCGGACACUCGUUCGUCGCCUGGAGCCGGUCAACGAUACGAAGACAACCCUGCAGACUGCACGUCUACUCUUGGCAACCCUAUAAAGAACAACGGCUACGAACGCAGCGGCUCGGCUAACGACGAAAUGAUAGAACGCAACGAACAGGGAGGAGCUGAAGAUUUACGGGUAAAGAGCGAGAAUGAUUAUCAUGCAAGCGGAUACAACAACUCGCCACCACCGACGGCUCCGAUCCCUACCUCCAACUUCCAUGAUAAACCGUUAGCUACGUCACCCGUGCCGCCGAAGCCGAGCCCCGAUCAGAUCUGGCCUGCGAAGAUCAUCACUAGCAAGUCUGGCGGCAUAGCCACUGCUGACGGUAAAAAGCUAAAGUGUCCAUACUGCGAGAGACUGUACGGUUACGAGACGAACCUGCGCGCGCAUAUCCGGCAGCGGCACCAGGGCAUCCGCGUGCCGUGCCCGCACUGCUCGCGCACCUUCACGCGCAACAACACCGUGCGGCGCCACAUCGCGCGCGAGCAUCGCCACCAGGUCACGCCGCACCUGCCGCAGCCCACGCUGCCCAACCACACGCAGUAAGACCCUGCUCUACCCUCCCACGAAACUACCUCUUCUUCGGCCGGCCGGGGCACCGCCUCCCCUCACUCUCGGAGGACACCCCUCUUCAGUUCGUUCCGUUCUCACAAACUCUCCGGUUCGUGUCUACUCUGAGCCCGCCCGAGCCGCGCCGAAAUCUUUUGUAACAAGCGUACAAUAAAUUACCUCGUUGAUGCAUAUUAUGUAAUCCGUAAUCUACCUCAGAAAUUGAUCUUAAGAUUUUUUAAGGUUUUUGAAAAUUGUGCGAUAAUUGUUACUUAAUUUAAUGCAUGUGUGACUUCGAAUGGUUGCUCAGUGCUCGUCUGCUGGUACCGCGUUGUGAACGAUGUACCUCGUCGCACCCUCAUCGUUACGUACCUUAUUUUUUGUGCAAACACUAGUAAGAUUAUGUCCAGUUGACUGUGAAAUAAAAGUUACCUUUAUAGACGAUUUAUUUUGAGCUCUCGAGUACGACAUAGCUUAUAUUAUAUUACACGAGCUAGGGAAUCUUAGAAAUGAUGUUGAGACUGAUGGUCAUAGGCUAAGUGUAUGUAAAUAAUAGGAGAAUGUUGUAUAUUGCCUUGGCCUAGGUUGAGACACGUGUUUGAUACACUCUGUGGCAAAACAGCCCUUUACAACAGUUUUAAUUUUAUGCUCAUUAUACUUCUACAAUAGACUAUACCAGAUUAAGUUUAUAUCCUGAAAUCAUCUGUGAUACAAUAGAACAGGCUUUAUACUUAAAUAAUUUUGCCACAUUGUUGAUUUUUAAAUAUAUAACGUAAAUACAUUGUGCGGGAAAUAGGAAAGUAGAGUUUCAGCAGUUUGAUACUGUAAGUUGGAUCGGAUGGUUUUAGUUUUGUACAAAGUACAAUUUGCCCUAGAUACAUAAGUAGUUAGGUAAAGAAAUCGUGUUAUAAAAUUUUGCAUGUAAGAUUCGAAGCAUGAAUGAGUUUACAAUCCAUUUCUGCCGUUCCAAGUCACUCGCGAGUGUUACUAUUGAGACCAAAUAAUUAUAUGUUUGUCGCGAUGGUGUCGAUUUUAACAUUCCGUUGUGAUUUAUGUUUUGUUUUCGUCUUAGUGCAUUUAGAUGAAGGCCACUUACUACUUCUAUAUUCCUAGUCAUUUCAAGUGCAACCAGUUGAGAUUUAAAGAAUUAUUUUAAUGUUGAUAGUAGGGGCGACGCGGCGUCCUUGUAUUAUAUUAUUGGUGUUGGCGUCGCGCGCCCAGUGUUAUAUAUAACUUGCAUAUAUCUUAAGCGAUAAAUAUACAACUCGACUAUCAGCGAAUAUCAAGUUCUUUAGUUGCAUUUGUAUAUUAGCCGCUAGACUCCUGCAAUACUGGUCUAAGUUAACAUAACGCAGAUGGGACAGUGCCAAAUAUCCUCAAAUGUUUAAGUUCACAUCUAUUAUUUAUUUUAUAUUUUUUUGUCAAGUGUGAAUGUAGCGACUGUGUGUUUUAUUCCUGAUAUUUAGGAAUGGGUUGCAUUCAUAUUUAUUAUGGUAUUUAUAUUUUAGGGUACACUUUUAAUAUUUUUAUGAAGAGACAAUGCUUUACAAAGGCUCAGUGAUUUUUUAAAUAAUAAUAGUUUACUGUUAUCAGUUGUACCAUUUGAAAGACAGCGUUUUAGUUAUCUUUGAAUGGCUGCAGUUACCUCGUUUUUAUUGUAAUACAACACAAAUGAACACUCUUGCACAUAAUGUUUCAUGACAGAUUUGAUAUUUAUUUUGUUAACUUAAGUGUCCAUAGACCAAUAGAAGCUAUAAACCUAUUCAACAGAUAAUUUAUACAGAGUAUUUUAGUUUAAAACUGGCUAUUUACCUCUAUACUCGUAUUUUUACAUAUGAAAAUGAUAUUUUACUACAAUCUCUUUUAUCUAUUAACGAAAUAGUUGUUCUCAGAAAUGUGAAGAGUAAAUCUGUAUUGAUUUCAAUGGAAGGGUGUUUGAUGAAGAUGAGUUUUGGAAAAGUACAUUUUAAAGAUCACGGUUGAAUUAAAGAACUGUCCUAUCUCCUGGUUUUUUGUUUUGGUCUUCGCAAUAUUUUUUUGUUUCUUUGCGUAGUUGUGUUCCAAGGACAUACAAGUUGUGUGAAUGUAUCUGGAUGUUUUUGAGUGACCAUGAAAAGGCGAAAUGUCAUCGAACCAUGUCGAACGGGGUUUGUAAAGAUAGUUUUUUUUGGAAAUUAAUAGGUUAUUUUGUAGGUUACUUUUGAAGGGUCUUCACAUACUAAUAGGUAACGCGUUCGUUAAAAAGUUCGUGGGACAUUCUAAAUGUUUUAAAGUCACGAUACUUGCGAUCGCGGGAAAUCUUUAUGAUUAUUUUUAUUUUAUAAAAAAACAAAAAUGAUUAUCGCACAGGAAAAUCAUAUUAAAUAGUUGUAUUUGGUUUGACCUCUUCGCGAAUUCGGUUGGGAAUUUUAACAUCGGUGGGAAGUUUUAUUGGGCUAUAGCGUGUAAAAUAUUGCCUGACAAGUUAGUAGAGACUUCGAACUUAAAACACAGCAAUCUUCACCAUCGGAAUAUGCCUUGCCAUCCUGGUGCGCGGGAAGACCUUUUCAAUGCUAUUAUUUAUGAAUGCAAAACCUAACCAAUUAGGUAUCGUGUUUUCGAUCUGCGUGACACCUGUAUUUCUUUAAAUAUGGUCUGAAUUUGUUAUACUUCACGAUGCUGCGUAAAUUAUACCUCCUUUCUGAUUUAAAUUAGUUAAUAUUAUAAUAGCAUCAGAAUAUAACCUAAGCAACAUGGUGGAUUUGACUAUAUAAUAUCUUCCAUAUUUCCCUUUUUAACACAAUGUUAUUUGGCUUCCCGUGCUUAUAUUCUUGAAAGUUCUCUGCUAACUAGUCAGCCAGUUAGUAUGCGUGUUGAUAUGCAAAAUGCGUCUACAUUCGAGAACGCAGCCUUCUAUGUCUUGUUGGGAUGGUCGACACAACUACCGUCGUAUCCCGUUUCGUAUUGUAAAAAAUAUAAUUUUCAGUUUUGGCAUUCUUUCUUUAGGUCUAUUAUUGUUAAGACGAAAAUGUUUUGCUAUUUCAAUUUUUUAAAUUGUUAACAUUAUGUUUAUUAUUAUUGAGAUAGAGAAAGAAAAGGAAUUGUUCUAUUUUUGUCAUUUCGUUUAUUUCCUUAUGAAUUCAAAAUUCAUAGUUGUGAUUUCUUUUUGACAUUUAAUGUUUUUGUGAUACAUAAAAGAGAAUUGCAUUAAUGCGUCACGUUUUUUUUAGCUUUUAUUGGAUAUUUUCUUUAAGUAGAAUGAGGAUUAUAGGAGGUUGUUUAGGAGCGGUUGCUUGUGACGGUGACAUUUUAAGGGAUUGACGAAAUCAAUUUGAUUUGCUUCUGUCUAAACUAAUAAGGUACAAAUUUUAGAUUACCAUGUGUCAAUUUAUAAUAUAAAAUAGCCAUACGUUUGUAAAGUUCAUAUUAUAUUUUCUUUCUUGUAAGUGGUAAACGUUUUCAAAUGAUGAUUGUACAAAAUUUCAGUAUACUAAUGUUGGGAUAUUGAAUAACACGUCUAAAUUAAGUUGUCACAUUUUAAAACUAUAGUGGAUGAUAAAUAGUCCAUAAUAGUUGUAAUGUUGUAUUUGAUGUGAUAGGAUUUCACAUUUAGUCGGUGUAUUGCAAUCCCCUCCAUAGACUUGGCCGAUCUCCCCAAUUUUGUGACUGUAACUCUGUUUAGCAAGCAAUGGUUUGGCAAGGUUCGUGCACAUUUCACCAAGUGUUUGAUCCAUCGUUGGUGACAUGUAUACCAACAUGUUGAUGAUGCAUAGGGAAUGAGAGACAGCAAAUGUUUCUUAUAUCAAUGUGGUUGUUGAAAUUCAAAUUCAAGUAUGACAUUUAUUCAUACGAUUUUAUAACGCAUGCUUCGAUCGUUCCCUAAAAGCCGACCAUUGCGUUAGGGCAUUUUGAACGGUACAUAGUAUCCAUGUGAUGGAGCCUGCUUUGUUUUGCUGGAUCAAAACUGCAUUUAUGCGUUUUAUUUUUGCUUUCUACUGUACUGUGGCUCCAUUCUUGGUUCUUGUCGUUAAGGUUAUCUGUUUAGUUGUAGGUAGUUAAGUUUUCUUUAUCGCGAUAUGUCGUGAUGGUAAAGCCAAAGAUUGUUACGGGUACGGUGACCCUCUGCCGUCACUAGGCUGCGCGGGCGCAUCGCUCGGCAUCCAGGCAUACAACUGAUCGCUGGACGAAACCAACCGUGCCGUGCGUAUACUCCCGCGCAACCUCUCUAGCUAUAAGAUAAUCUACCUCGAGGAAUAUAACUUAGAUCAUAAGUAAGCUUCUAAAUAGAUUUUUAUAUGAAGAAAAUAUAAAACCUAGUUUGUAAGGGAGAAGUGAAAAAAUAAAAAAAUAAAAGUACAAAUAUACUACCUCAGGAUUCAAUUUAGUCACAUGGAGUUGUAAAUGUACGUCAGAUGUAUGUAUAUGUUAAAUAUGUAAUGUAACAGAUUCUAAUUAGUACUCAUUGCGAGAUGAAUUACUUAAUGCAGGGACUGAACGUGGCGUGGAACAAUUUUAUGUAAUAAAUUGAUGAAAUGUAAAUAAUGGGCGUUCAGUUCGCGGUGUCGCACGUUGUCUGAAUCUCUGCAAGGUAGUGAGUGCUAUCAACCCAGUGUUGCUCAAGGAGGGAACCAUCAGUCCUCCGCCUCUAUGCUGGGUUGGCAGUAUCAAGUAGUCGUAAGUGUUAAUUAGGCUAGCUGUAAUAAUCUCAUUGAUGUUCUACCUCAUUCUGCGAGCACACGCGGGGGUCGGCCACACGUCACAGCGUAAUCUAAUUGUACCUUCCUUCACUCUCCGGAGUAUAAAACAUUUUUAUUCGUAAUUUUAUUAUUAUUAUUACUUUUUCCCAGUUACUUUUUGUUUGCAUAGAUGUUACUGUUUUUAAGGAGAUGAGAAAAAUUGAAAAAUUAUUGUUUGUUAGGUUUCAGCGAAUUAAAAAAAUGUAACAAAAUUA